AUGACCGGCAGGUCGACGGAUCAGAGGAUCAAUAGAAAUGUCUGCAGUCCAGGCAACUAUGCUUCAGACCGACAGCCCAGCGGACAGGAUGACUCAUGUGCGGCCAGCCGUUUUCUCCAGGCUAUUGGGUGGACACGUAGCUGUGUGCUUUCAAAGGACGAGAGGGUGGGAGCCGAGUCCCGACAAUGGAGAGAAACAAGAAAGAUAUUGACGAAAAGAAGAAAUUUUUACCGAGUUUUGGAGGCGGGUCCCCUUAAGAGGGCCGAAAGGCGAAAGACAUCGCAAGCAGCCUACCUGAUUCAGAGGCGACUGAUAAAACUUCAUUUUACACUUUUGUUCGCCCUCUAA